AGAGAGAGGGAGAGGGUGAGAGAGAAGUGAAAGGGAGAAAAAAGGGAAGAAAAGAAGCAGAGAAGAAAAAGGGAGGAUACUACAACUAUGCUGUGCUGCAUAAGAAGAACCAAACCGGUGGAGAAGAAUGAGGAGGCGGACCAGAAGAUUGAACAGGAUGGCACCACCAACAAACCCGAGGACAAGGCCCACAAGGCUGCCACCAAAAUACAGGCCAGCUUCCGUGGACAUAUAACUCGGAAAAAGAUGAAAGACGGAGAGGAGGAGAAAGAGGGUGACAGUCCUGCUGCUGCAGAGGAGGCAACAGAGGGAGGAGAGGAGGCAAAGAAAGCGGAGGGAGAGGAGGCACCUGCUAAGCAGGAUGAAGCCGCAGGAGAAGAGGCUAAGAAGGAGGAAGAGGAGACAAACCAAGCCAAAAGCCCUGUGGCAGACAAGCCAGCUAACUCUCCGGCAGCUGCUGCCACAGCAACGUCUCCUGUAGCGGCCGCCCCGGCUGCUGCGUCUCCCACGGCCGCCGCAGCGCCCUCUGAACCCAAGAAAGAGGAGCCAAAAGCGGAGGAGAAAGCUGAGGAGAAGCCCAAAGAGGUGGAGGCCCCAGCCAAGAGUCCCACCACGGCCACAGCUGAAGAGAAGAAGGAGGAGAAGAGCGAAGAGAAAAAGGAGGAGGCCAGACAAGCCGACGUGCCUGCUGCUGUCAGUCCGACAGCUGAGAAGGAGGAGCCUAACCAAACAAAAGGUAAACAAGAUGCUGCAGAGGAGUCUAAAGGAGAGGAGGCCACCCCGGCAGAUGCAGAGGCGGAGGCCACCGAGUCCAAGGAUGCUUAAGGCUAAAGUCUAACUUAAUGAAAGCAGAAUUAAAAGUAUGAAGAAUACCACAAAAACGAAAAAUCUAAAAAGGUUGCUCUUUGCCUUCUCAAUGUGAAGGCAGUCCGUUUCUAUUUGUUUGUCAUUUUUUGUGUGGCAAUGAUUUUCUCAUGUUGGGGGAGUUUCCAGCGUGAAGUUUUUUGGCUCAAGCUAACACUGUACUAUGCGCAAGUGAUGACGAUGCUGACGACGACGGUGAUGAUGAUGUUGAUGUUGCUGAUGUUUAUGAAAAGCGACUCUUACCGUGAUGGUGAUGAUGUCGAGGUGGAUGAUUUCAUUUGGUACAUCUUCACUAUUUGAUGUAAAACCGGGGGUGGAAUGAACGCUUCCAACUGGAUAUUUACACAUUUAAAAUUUCAAAAAAAGAAUGCAUUGCCAAUGCGCCGUAUUGUAUUUGCAUUGUAAUGCACUUUCUUUCUUCAGACACAUUUUGCAAAUGAAAUCCGUAUUGCAAAUGCACGCACAAAAAGACAACCAGGUUUAUAAAUGCAAUUCAUGUUUUCGACACGAUCCAAGUGUACUGAGAACACAACAAAGAGGUAAUGUACUGACACACUGAAUGGAUAAUAGAAUGUAUGAUUAAAUGUGUGACAUUUCCAGUUGGGGCAGCUUUAUCCUGAAUCCCAAAAACAAUAUUUACUCAACUUUCUCUAUUCUGCUUGAGUCAUUCAAGCUUGGUUUACACCCCUUUUACAAACUCUGUAUACUCACAGUUACAGUAAAUAAAGGACCUAUUGCCAUUUAAAUGAUGUGAUCAUAUAAUAAAAACUCUAGAAAUCAACUAUA